GUUAAUUUCAUGGUUUAUAAAAAAUCUCAAAUAAAAAGUACAAAAUGAUUCAGUGGCUAAUGACAUUUAUGCGGUAGCCAUUAAUUUAAAACUCAUAAAUUACACAUCUACCCUUAUCUCCCUCUUUCAAAUUCAUCUUCUCUUCUCUUCGACCCCAAACCGGAACCAGGUUUAAAUUCAACACUCCAUGGCAGAUCCACCAGAGCCAAUCACAGUCCAACAACAACAACUACACACCCAAACAACUCUCCACCACCAAAUGAUUCCCUCCGAGUUGACUCACGACGAGUUCUCCUCCCUAACCAACUCAAUCACCGAGUUCCACACCUACCAACUCGGCCCCGGCCGCUGCUCCUCCCUCCUCUCCCAACGCAUCCACUCCCCUCCAGACACAGUCUGGUCCAUCGUGAGACGCUUCGACCGUCCCCAGACCUACAAACACUUCAUCAAAAGAUGCACCGUGGAAGAAGGCUUCGAGAUGAGAGUGGGGUCCACGCGUUACGUGGACGUGAUCAGCGGCCUUCCCGCGAACACGUCGAGGGAGAGGCUCGAUCUCCUCGACGACGAGAGGAAGGUGACGGGGUUUAGCAUCACGGGAGGGGAGCACAGGCUGAGGAACUAUAAGUCGGUGACGACGGUUCACGGGUUCGAGAAGGAAGGGAGGGUGUGGAGCGUUGUUCUUGAGUCUUAUGUUGUUGAUGUGCCGGAGGGGAACACGGAGGAGGAUACGCGUUUGUUUGCUGAUACUGUGAUUAAGUUGAAUCUUCAGAAGCUUGCGACGAUUACUGAAGGUAUGUGUCCAGGCGGGGGAAGUAACUCUCCGGUGAUGUGAAGUUGAUGAGAGGCGAAAACAAAUUGGGGGAUUUUUCAUCUUUUUGUUCUGUUUAAUAAUUUUCUUUUUAUUUACUGAAUUGUAAUUUGAUUUUUGUUGUUGUUAUUGUUCUCCUGGAAAAUUGGAAAGAAUGUUCGGUAAGUUAAAUUUAAGUAACGUUAGA